AUGAGCAGCUUGCUGAAGUGGACCCGUGUGGCAAAAGCAACAGCCAGAAAUCUGGACAGCUUGGGCGAUGGGCAAGUUGCAGCGGGGGGCCAGGACAUUGAUGCGGCAGCAACCAAAAACGAUGCAGAUCAAACAAACGUGAUUGCCAGCAUGAGCUAUGUCCGUUUGAAUAGCCAGCUGCGACCUAUCCAAAGAAUCUUGGCACUUGCUGUUCUAGCGGUUGCCACUAAGCAGCCGCAUAAGUUCAGCGAAAGCUUGGCGCGGAUUUUGACGUUGGUUGACAGCUUGGAUCCGACAGUGGCACAGUCCAUGUGCGAUGCGGUGCUGCAGCUUCUGAACAUCCCCAGAAACCUGGCGAGAUUCACCCGUGCAAACGUGGAGAAGGUGCUUUCGUCUAUGACACAAGCUUUCUACGUGCCGGAGAAAGCAGAGGCAUCCCUUCUGUCCUUCUGCAACAUCCUCACGAAGUGGCUGAAGCCUGAAGCGAAGGACAUCGCGGAAAGCAAGGAGCCGGCAUCAAGCAGGAUUAUCAGCCCCCUGCUGUCCAUCCUCCAGAAACCCGAGACAUCGCAAGAGCAACGAGCCUUCAUCUUCAACAUCAUCCGGCAAGGUAUCCGCUACGAGAUCGUUUCAGCCGUCUCUUUUACUUCCUCCUCAACACAGAAGAGCACGAAGAGCAAGGGCUCCGGUGCCCAGCAACUGCUCCAGGUUCUCAGACCUUUGGAGAAAUCCGUCGACAGACUUAGUGAGCUCGAGAACUUUCACGACUUGUUCCGAGAUCUCUCUGUUGCAUUCAGCUCUGCAUCCGUGCUGAAGAAGGUGUGCCUGGUGUCUCAUCCUGAAGGGCACGCAAUGCUUAUUGUGGAGGAUGUGGUUCCGAAGCUUAUGCGGGUCAUUGGAGAGAUCAAAGACUUUCUGCCUCGCUUCAAGGAUGCAACGGCCUUCAAGCUGGACACACCAUCUGUGUGCAUUGAUCCACAAACUCGCAAAGUGAUUGCAAACAAAUACCUCUUGCUGCCUUAUGUGUUCAACACGCGGCUUUUCCGUGAGCUUUGUGGUGCCAUUUCUAACGUUGGCCAGUGCCUCUCCAAUCUUCAGUCUGAUCUUCUCGAGAACACCAACUGCGUGCCCAUCCUGCAGCUUUUGGCAUAUGAUCUCGGCGAUGGGCUACGUGACCUCUACAACAUGCUGAAAGAUGUUGAGGCUCUGGGUCUGUAG